CACUUAACCUUAAAAUCAAAUGCGCAAAUAUACAUUGUGUUAUUUAAAAACUAUCUCCAUGAAGGUUAUUAUUUAUAAUUAUUUAAAACCAGUAUCGAAAUGUUUUAAUUCAUCAGUAUCGAGAAAAAAAUGUUACUUAUAAAACGCAAUAAUGUUACUCCAUGUUAUGUAACAAAUACUAUUCUAAGGUCUGUGAAUAGUUUAAUCAAAAAUACAGACCAUAUACUGACUAUGGUUAAACACAUUUUUCUUGUAGACACAAUUUUAUAAUUAUUCUAAAAUGCAAAAUCACAUAACAACAGAGGAAAAAGUAUGGGAUCCUUCAGAAAUAUUUGAUCGUUCAGUUGAUCAUAAAUAUGCUGUUAUAAUUUUAAAUCAACCAAUUCGUUUACACGAAAGUUUUAUUCUACCACUUUGGAGAGAAGCACAAAUCAAAAUUACGGUCGAUGGAGGAACCAAUCGUUGGAUGGAAUAUCUUGGACCAUUAUCAAAUAAAAUAUAUGAUGGAAAAUGUCCUGAUUAUGCUCCAGACAUGGUUACAGGUGAUUUAGACAGCAUAUUACCUGAAAUACGUACUAACUUGGAAAAUAUUGGUGUACGUAUUUACGAAACUAUAGAUCAGCAGUAUACAGAUUUUUCAAAAGCUCUUAUGAAGUUAUCAGCAGAGUGUAAAUCUAAGAAUAUAUCGUUACAUUCAGUAUAUGUACUUGUUGAAACUGCUGGUAGAUUAGAUCAGAUCAUUGCCAAUAUUAACACAUUAUAUCGAUCCCGAGAGUUCAUGGAAGACAAAACGCCAGUUAUAUGUAUAUCAAGUAAUUCAUUAACAUGGCUUUUAAGAUCUGGAGAGCACAGAAUAAAAAUUCCAGAAAAAUUAAGAACAUGUAAAUCUUGGGUGGGCUUAAUUCCAUUUGGACCUCAGCAAAACAGUAUUUCAUCAACAGGAUUAAAAUAUAAUCUCGAUAAACUUAAUUGUUCCUUUGGAGGAUUAAUCAGUACUUCUAAUACUUAUGAUGGUUCACCUGAAGUUACUGUCACAACCAAUACAGACAUUAUUUGGACUAUGAGCAUUGAAUCUUUAGUUCCGUUGAAAACUAAUUUUACAUAGAUUUUUAUUUUUUACAAAAAUUCUCGUACCAAUUUGAGGGUUAAAAAAUGGUGGUGAAUAUUAUAGUUUCUUCUUUUAUUCGAAAGAAACUUCUCCUAGGUGCUCAUACUUUUUUAUUUUCUCUUGUUUUUGAUUUUAUCUUUUUUACAUAUAAUUUUAGCUCAAAAGAUAACAAAUUUUAGUCUUCACUUACAGAAAAACUGAAUUUAAGUUGCAUGAAUUUUAAAAACUUAAUUCAUUGUGCUGUGUUGAGAUAAGUGCAGUUGUGAACUUAAAUUUUGUGAAAGACAAAAUAAGGGUAUAUAAACAAAUACUUCUUUAGAAAAGUUA